AUGGGGGGCAGCCUGCGGGUGGCGGUGCUGGGCGCCCCGGGCGUGGGCAAGACAGCCAUCAUCCGCCAGUUCCUGUUCGGUGACUACCCCGAGCGCCACCGGCCCACGGACGGGCCGCGCCUCUACCGGCCCGCGGUGCUGCUCGACGGCGCCGUCUACGACCUGAGCAUCCGCGACGGCGACGGUGCUGGCCCCGGUCAGAGCCCCGGGGGGCUAGAGGAGUGGCCGGACCCUAAAGACUGGAGCUUGCAGGACACGGACGCCUUCGUGCUCGUCUACGAUAUCUGCAGCCCAGACAGCUUUGACUAUGUGAAGGCGCUGCGGCAGCGCAUCGCGGAGACCAGGCCGGCGGGCGCACCCGAGGCGCCCAUCCUUGUGGUGGGCAACAAGCGGGACCGGCAGCGACUGCGGUUCGGGCCUCGGCGCGCACUGGCUGCGCUAGUGCGCAGGGGCUGGCGCUGUGGAUACCUCGAGUGCUCGGCCAAGUACAAUUGGCACGUGCUGCGUCUCUUCCGGGAACUGCUGCGCUGCGCUUUGGUGCGCGCACGCCCUGCGCAUCCGGCUCUGCGCCUGCAGGGGGCGCUGCAUCCGGCGCGCUGCAGCCUCAUGUGA